AUGGCGACCGAAGCUCCUCAGACUUCUCAACCUGCCGACUGGCAGGAAUUGGUCACUCGCAAGCGCCACGAAUGCCAGGAUAAAAUCCCCCGUGAGUGGAAGCUGAGCGAGGAAGUUCUGAAAGCAGUGCCCACUCAUCUGCUCGAGUAUGAUCUCCCGCGUCGCAGUGGCAUCUUGUCAGACCUCGAGCUUGAUGUUACGGAGAACUACACCGCAGCAGAGCUCUUGGAUAAGUUGGCCUCGGGCCAGGUUAGCUCGCUGGUUGUCACGACGGCCUUUUCGAAGCGUGCAGCUAUUGCACAGCAGGUGACUUCAUGUCUCACAGAGACCUUCUUUUCAGAAGCUCUGGACCGAGCCCGCUUCCUCGAUGAAUAUCUUCAACGAGAAGGAAAGCCAAUUGGUCCUCUCCAUGGACUGCCCAUCAGUCUCAAGGAUAGCUUCUGUGUAGAGGGCAUCCAGUCGACUGUGGGAUACGUGGCCUGCUUGAACAAUGCCCCGGCGACAACCAACUCCGCACUGGUGACAAUGCUCCUCGAACUCGGAGCCGUGCUUUAUGUCAAGACCAAUAUUCCCCAGACCAUGAUGACCGGAGACUCCGAAAACAACAUCUUCGGUCGCACCCUCAACCCGCACAACACCUCCUUGACUGCGGGCGGAUCAAGCGGGGGCGAAGGCGCCCUAGUAGCAUUCCGAGGCUCAAUCCUUGGUGUGGGUACCGACAUCGCAGGUUCAAUUCGUAUCCCAUCUCUAUGCUGCGGUGUCUACGGAUUCAAGCCAACCACUGCUCGAGUUCCCUUCGGUGGCCAAUUCUCUGGCGCGAUGGAAGGCUUGCCUGGACUCAUCCCUUCUGCUGGCCCACUUGGCCACAGCCUGACAGAUCUGAAGCUAUUCAUGGACACCGUUGUCGGAACAGGUAAUUCCUGGGAAUAUGAUCAUACAGCCGCUGCCGUGCCGUGGAACAAGACCCCGACGGUUGGCAACGACCGUAAUGGGAGUCUCACCAUCGGCGUGUUGUCUGAAGACAAAUAUUUCCCUCUGCAUCCUCCUGUGAAACGUGCUUUGGAUCGUGCAGUCGAGGCCUUGACCAAGGCAGGACACCGAAUCGUCCGUAUUGAGAAUGAUACCAAGGAGGAUCUGUCAGUGGCUUAUGCCUCACGAUUGACCUUUCAGUAUUUCACCUACGGUCCUCAUGUGGAUAAUAUCGGCCCCAGCGGCGAGCCACUGGUCGCCUCGGUGGCUAAGUUUGCUUCGCCGAUGUUCUCGGGCCCUUGGCCGGUGGAGCAGGAGCAGGAUCCUCUUCACAAGGUGAAUGAGCUGCAUGUAGCAAGGGGGAGGGUAUCUGAUGCCUGGCGUCAGGAGUGGGUGGAGAAGAAGUUGGACGUGAUUUUGGCUCCGGGUUCACAGAAUACAGCAGUAGGGUAUGAUACUUAUGGCUGGCCGCCGUAUACAGUGAUGUGGAACUUGCUUGAUUAUCCUGCUUGCAUUAUUCCGUUUGGAAAGGCAUCCAAAGAGUUGGAUCCAGAGGAGAUGAAGACGGGUGACGAUGUGCAGCCUGAUUAUUACCCGGAUGAAGUAGACGAAGCACCUUGUGCUAUUCAAAUUAUUACGCCCCGCUUUCAAGAUGAGAAGUGUCUUGCGGCUGCUGAACUUAUUGAGAAGGCAAUUCGAGCUUAG